UCAAUUUCUACGUAGAAUCCGAUUUCUGAAAGUAAUGGGAAGCAAACACGGUGUUGCCCCCUGAUGUGCAAAACGAACUCUUAUCGGUGAAACUAACGAGCCUGAUCUGGUGAACCUUCCAGGGGUUUCAGUCGAUUCUCAGACAAACCCUCGGAUCUCUUCCGACCGCCAUCCUCGCUCUGCUCCCUCGUUCUCCCUUCAUUAUCAACGAAUUAGAUUAGAUUAGAUGCGCGAUCUGAUGCACAAUUCCUGACUCAUUCUCUGCAACUGGAACGGAUUCUCCCAAGGUUUCUUAAUGCGUUUGAUCUGGGAACUUAGAGCUCUGAAUUGGGUCUAGGGCUAGGAGAUGGCCUGGUUUAGUGGGAAAGUUUCCUUAGGGAACUUCCCCGAUCUCGCUGGGGCUGUAAAUAAGAUCAGUGAGAGCGUCAAGAACAUCGAGAAGAACUUUGAUAGCGCUCUUGGGUUUGAAGAGAAGACCGACACUGACACCAGCGAAGCUUCAGGAUUAUGGCCAACUACAGACACAAAAGCUCUAUUUGAACCUAUGAUGGCCUUUAUGGGGAAUAAAGGUGGUGAAAGUACAGUAGAUUCCAUCGAGAGACCUGCAUCAUUAGAGCCACAGCCACCAUCUUCUGUUGUGGAAAAAGAAGGGGCUGAGAUUGAUAAGUCAUCAAAUUUUGCAACUAAACAAACUAAACUUGAUGAAGACAUAAAUGAAGAAAGUUCUCCCUUGCACCCAGCUUCUGCAGAAGAUUCAACCACUGCAAUUGCCCAGGUAACAAAUGCUGCAGUGCUAGAUCAUGACAAAUCUCAUUUGGUAGUUCCGGGUAAUUCUGGAUCCGACUCGCAAUUGACAUCUAUUGAUUCAUGCAACACUGGUGUUGAACAUCAUGAGGAACCAGAUUCCAUAACCCAUGUGAAUCAGAAGGAGACAUCAGUGGAGGAGACUGCUGAAAAUUCAGAGUUAAUGGAAGCCAAACCAGUAACCAAUGAAGCAGACCAUGUUGAGGAUAAUGGCGUUGUACCACCUGAAUCACAUAACAUUACCAAUUUGCAUGCAACAGAAAAUGAAAAGAAGUCAGAAGAAGGAGGGACUAUAGAGAAUCUUUCUCCGGUUGGAGCCGAGGAUGUAGGUAGUGGUAGCCAACCUGGAAUGGGUGUAGACCUCCCUGGUUCUGUUUCUGCUACAUCCGAGGAGACAGAAAGUCCCGAUGGACGCUUAACAAAUAACUAUCCUGCUGUGCAGCAUGGAGAGGGUGCUACGCAGAUGGGUUCUGAACCAGUUUCUCAUGAACAUGAUACAGUUGACAAAGCAGUUGACAUUAGUCAGCAAACCAAUGAUUUUGAACCUGACACUAAAGAAUCUGUUAGUUCAGGAAGCACCAUGUCUGACAUUACAGAAUCUGUGGUUGAAGUAGAGAAGUUGAAGAGGGAAAUGAAAAUGAUGGAAACUGCAUUGCAGGGAGCUGCUAGACAAGCUCAGGCGAAAGCAGAUGAAAUCUCAAAGUUGAUGAAUGAGAAUGAGAAUCUAAAGGCUGUUAUUGAGGACUUGAGGAGAAAAUCUAGUGAAUCAGAAAUUGAGUCACUGCGGGAGGAGUACCAUCAGAGGGUUGCAGCUCUAGAAAGAAAGGUUUAUGCUCUCACUAGGGAAAGAGAUACAUUACGUAGAGAGCAGAGCAAAAAGAGCGAUGCUGCUGCUCUUUUGAAGGAGAAAGAUGAAAUAAUCAAUCAAGUUAUGGCUGAAGGAGAAGAGCUCUCAAAAAAGCAAGCUGCUCAGGAAUCUCAUAUUAGAAAAUUGAGGGCACAGAUUAGAGAGCUUGAAGAAGAGAAGAAAGGACUAAGCACAAAGCUUCAGGUAGAAGAGAAUAAAGUAGAGAGUAUAAAGAAGGAUAAGGCAGCUACUGAGAAGUUGCUGCAAGAAUCAAUAGAAAAACAUCAGGCAGAACUAGCUGCCCAAAAGGAAUUCUAUACAAAUGCUUUGAAUGCAGCUAAGGAAGCUGAGGCAUUGGCCGAGGCACGGGCCAACAAUGAAGCCAGGACUGAACUGGAGAGUCGUCUAAGAGAGGCUGAGGAGCGUGAAACUAUGCUAGUCCAGACUCUUGAGGAAUUAAGGCAAACUCUGAGUAGAAAGGAGCAGCAGGCUGUUUUUAGAGAAGAUAUGCUAUGCAGAGACAUUGAGGAUCUUCAGAAAAGAUAUCAAGCAAGUGAACGUCGGUGUGAGGAGUUGGUGACACAGCUUCCUGAAUCUACUAGGCCUCUCCUAAGGCAGAUUGAAGCCAUGCAGGAAACUACUGCAAGAAGGGCAGAAGCUUGGGCAGCUGUUGAGAGAUCUUUAACAUCACGGCUUCAGGAAGCGGAGGCUAAAGCUGCUGCUGCGGAAGAAAGAGAGCGAUCUGUAAAUGAACGGCUAUCGCAGACUUUAUCUCGAAUAAAUGUCCUUGAAGCUCAGAUUUCUUGCCUUAGAGCUGAGCAGACUCAGCUCAGUCGGACCCUUGAGAAGGAGAGACAGAGGGCAGCAGAGAAUAGGCAGGAGUAUCUUGCAGCGAAGGAGGAAGCUGACACUCAUGAAGGCCGUGUCUCUCAGCUUGAAGAAGAAAUUAAGGAGCUCAGGAGGAAACACAAACAGGAGUUACAAGAAGCACUUACACACAGAGAAUUUUUGCAGAAGGAGAUUGAAAGGGAGAAGGCUGCUCGGUUGGAACUAGAAAGAAAUGCUCACCUUCAGACCUCCACUGUUUCUGACCAAAGUCCAUUACCGAAGCAAAAAUUUGGGUUUGAAAAUGGAAAAUUAAACCGCAAACUUUCAAGUGCCAGCAGUUUAAGCAGCAUGGAGGAAAGUUUCUUUUUGCAAGCUUCUUUGGACUCUUCUGACACUUUCUCUGAACAUAGGAAUCAUGGAGAUAUGCCCAUAAGUCCAUACUUUGUGAAGAGCUUUACCCCAAGUGCUUUUGAGGCUACCCUUCGUCAAAAGGAGGGCGAGCUCGCAUCUUAUAUUUCUCGAUUGGCAUCUCUGGAGAAAAUUCGUGACUCUCUUGCUGAGGAGUUGGUUCAAAUGACUGAACAGUGUGAGAAAUUAAGGGCGGAAGCUGCUGUCCUGCCUGGCAUCCGGGCAGAGUUAGAAGCACUGAGACGGAGGCAUUCUGCAGCAUUGGAGCUAAUGGGCGAGCGAGAUGAGGAGCUAGAGGAACUUCGGGCUGAUAUUGUGGACAUGAAGGAAAUGUAUAGAGAACAGGUGAACUUGCUUGUAAAUAAGAUCCAGAUACUAAGUUCGACGUUGGGCAGCAGCACCACGUGAUUAACUAAAAGAGUGAACGACUUUUUGUGCUGGCGGCUACCAUCCUUCCCAAAAUCAAUCAAAUGUGCUUAUAUACAUACAUAUAUAUAUAUGAUAUAAAACGUGGAAAUUAUUAUUUUUUUGUUUGUGGAAA